AUGGGGCCAGCGUCAUUGAAAAGCACCUCGGGCCCAAUGGGCAGGUGUGAGGGGAAGCCCACGGUGACGGGCUCCAGCCGGCUGCGGCAGUUGAGGCGCCUGCCCUGCUGCCUCAGAUUUUUCAACAGAGCCCACAGUAAAACAGCCGUGCGGGCCACUAUCCGGCCCAACCUGCCUUGUCUCUCAAAACGCAACGGGACGCGUGGCACGGCGCCGACUCCACCCCGGCUAACUUCCUUCUCUGCCUCCCGACAGGUAAAAUCUUUGGCCGAGUCCAUUGACGAAGCUCUGAACUGCCACCCACUGGGGCAGGAGGGAGGGCCGGGAGGCCCCUCUUUGGAGAAGAGCGAGUCCAAGGAGCAGCAGGGGGACAGCGCGGCCACUUCUUUCAGUGACGUGACGCUGUACCUGGACGAGGGGGGUCCCACGUCACCCCUCUCCCUGGAGCGCCCACCCAGUACUGAGCCGCCCGAUUCUGGCGGAGGAGGGCCCAUCCCGCCCCCUCCUCGGCCAGAGUACUGGGGUGGGCCCCAGAGGGAGGAUAGCCGGGAGAACGGAGGCGGCAGCCGGCGCAGCACGCCUUGUAUGGAAUGCCGGGACUUCCGCCUGCGCGCGGCCCACCUCCCGUUGCUCACCAUCGAGCCUCCCAGCGACAGCUCGGUGGACCUAAGCGACCGCUCUGACCGGGGCUCUCUGAACCGGGGCCUCAUAUAUGAGCAAGACGGCUGCAGUCCCCACGGCACCCUCAAGCACCCUGGCGGGCCCUCCCGUUCCCCGCACCCACACCGGCAUUAUCACCCCGAACCAAACCAGCCACCUCCACCUCUGCCUCUGCCGCCCCCUCAGGCCCCCGGCCGCCUGCCCCCGCCCCCUCCACCGGACAACUCAGAUGGCGACAACGACAGCCUCAACAGCACCACCAACUCCAACGAGACCAUCAACUGCAGCUCGGGCUCCUCCUCGCGGGACAGCCUCCGGGACCCUCCCCCGCCUGCCCCCGUCACCUCCUCGGCCCCUGGCGGGCCCUGCAAACAGACCUACCAGCGGGAGACGCGGCACAGCUGGGACUCGCCGGCCUUCAACAACGACAUCGUGCAGCGGCGCCAGUACCGCAUUGGCUUGAACCUCUUCAACAAGAAACCGGAGAAAGGGAUCCAGUAUUUGAUCGAGAGGGGCUUCCUGUCAGACACGCCGGUCGGUGUGGCACGUUUCAUCCUGGAGCGGAAGGGACUGAGCCGGCAGAUGAUCGGUGAAUUCCUCGGCAAUCGGCAAAAGCAAUUCAACCGGGACGUGCUCGAGUAA